UUUGAUGUGCAAAUAUUCAAAAGCGAUCAUCCCUAGGAAGAUCCAACAGAAAGACUUAAUCUACAAGGCUUUAUCUUCGACGAUUGUCAGCUAGAAAUCCCACAUACAGACCCACGAUGAGAAACGUGUUCGUCUUCGCCCUUCUCUUUGCGACCUUUGCUGUGGUCCUGAAGGAAUGUUCUGGAGCCCCAGCCCCGGCUGUCGCAAGAGUUGUGAGAGAUUCCCAAAGCUCCAGCAGUGACUCCAAUUCCUCCGAUUCUUCUAACUCUAGCGACUCUGAUGAAGCCAACGAUUCGGGCUCUAGCAGCUCUGAUAGUUCGGACUCUAGUGACUCUAGUGACUCUAGUGACUCUAGUGACUCUAGUGACUCUAGUGACUCCGAUUCCUCUAACUCUAGCGACUCUGAUGAAGCCAACGAUUCUGGCUCUAGCAGCUCCAGCUCUGGCGACUCUGAUGAGGCCAACGAUUCUGGCUCUAGCAGCUCCAGCUCUGGCGACUCUGAUGAAGCCAACGAUUCUGGCUCUAGCAGCUCCAGCUCUGGCGACUCUGAUGAAGCCAACGAUUCUAGCUCUAGCAGCUCCAGCUCUAGCAGCUCCAGCUCUAGCGACUCUGAUGAAGCCAACGAUUCUGGCUCUAGCAGCUCCAGCUCUAGCAGCUCCAGCUCUGGCGACUCUGAUGAAGCCAACGAUUCUGGCUCUAGCAGCUCCAGCUCUAGCAGCUCCAGCUCUGGCGACUCUGAUGAAGCCAACGAUUCUGGCUCUAGCAGCUCCAGCUCUAGCAGCUCCAGCUCUAGCAGCUCCAGCUCUAGCAGCUCCAGCUCUAGCGACUCUGAUGAAGCCAACGAUUCUGGCUCUAGCAGCUCCAGCUCUGGCGACUCUGAUGAGGCCAACGAUUCUGGCUCUAGCAGCUCCAGCUCUGGCGACUCUGAUGAGGCCAACGAUUCUGGCUCUAGCAGCUCCAGCUCUGGCGACUCUGAUGAGGCCAGUGGUUCUGCCUCUAAAUCUAAUGAAUCAAAACCUAAAUCAAAAGAAAUUUAAACGAUUACGAGAGGCAAAAGAAGUAUUGUUCUCGCUAAAGUUGAAACCGUAUAACCAGAAGGUCCAGGGUACACAUCUCAUUUGUUCUGAAAAUUUGAAAUAUGAGAAGUCGCUCAAAAUGUGAAGUUCUAUACAGCAUCAAAUUGAGUCUUUUCCCGUAACAUCUUAGCGUUGAAUUGAGGUAAAAAUUAAAACCGUAGUAGUUUUAAGACCAUGUCAAUAGGCUCCCCAUAACAUUUAUUCCAAAAUAUUGCAAAAAGUGCCUUUCCUUCUCGAGAUCUAGAGAAAACAUGACUUGAAUAAAUUAUACUUUUAUUCAACAAUA